AUGUCGGAUCGUGAGUUCAACUCAAACGAUGACCUGUCGCUACCCAAAGCAACCGUCCAAAAGAUUAUCACGGAGAUCCUCCCACCCAGCUCCGGUCAGACCUUCUCCAAGGAUGCGCGGGACCUGUUGAUGGAGUGUUGUGUCGAGUUCAUUACUCUGAUCUCCUCCGAAGCAAAUGAUAUCAGUGAGAAGGAGGCCAAGAAGACGAUUGCCUGUGAACAUGUGGAGAAGGCCCUUCGGGAUCUCGGAUUCAGUGAUUACAUCGCCGAUGUCCUCGCCGUUGCCGAAGAACACAAACAGCAGUUGAAGUCACGAGAGAAGAAGCAGAGCAAAAUGGAACAAAGUGGACUGACUGAAGAGGAGCUUUUGCGACAGCAGCAGGAGCUGUUCCGAUCGGCCACCGACAAAUACAACUCGGUUCCGGAAUAG